AUGUUCUUAGCUGCGUUUUCUGCUGUCUUGGGCAACUUCACAUUUGGUUACGCACUGGUUUACCCCUCACCGGUCAUUCCAGCUCUGGAACAAGAUACUGAUUCCACUUUGCACAUUACAGAAGCGGAGAAGUCUUGGUUUGGGUCAGUGUUUGCACUGGGUACCUGUGUUGGUGGAUUAAGCUCCAUGUUCCUGAAUGAUUGGCUUGGACGUAAACUCAGCAUCAUGUUCUCUGCACUUCCUGCGGCAAUCGGCUUCCUGCUAAUGGGGAGUGCUCAGCACAUCUCCAUGCUUCUCCUGGGAAGAAUCCUCACAGGUCUAGCCGGAGGCUUGACAUCAUCCUCAAUACCAGUUUAUAUCUCAGAAAUCUCUCACGCGGGAGUGAGGGGCGCACUGGGGGCUUGUCCUCAGCUUAUGGCAGUGUGUGGUGCCUUGGUCCUGUAUGCGCUCAGUCUUGUUGUGCCAUGGCGCUGGCUGGCGAUAGCGGGUGAAUUACCUGUAAUUGCCAUGCUCCUCCUCCUGUGCUUCAUGCCAGAUUCCCCGCGAUUUCUCAUUUCAAAAGGGAAACCAGAAAGAGCCCUUAAGGCCCUAGAAUGGUUCCGAGGGUCAAAUACAGCAUACAGAGAUGAGUUUAAGAGAAUUGAGGACAGCAUCCUGAAUAAGAACAGUUCAAUAACAUGCCGUGAGCUGUCCGAACCGCACUACUACAAACCCAUCCUCAUUGCUGUCCUCAUGAGGUUCUUACAACAGAUGUCUGGAAUCAACCCAAUAUUGACAUAUCUGGAGCCCAUCUUCGACAGGACUAAAGUCAUUCUGCCAGGAAAGUAUGAUGCUGCCCUUGUUGGACUGGUAAGACUGGUGUCAGUACUGGUUUCUGCCACUGUUAUGGAUAAAGCUGGAAGGAAAAUUCUGCUCUUCAUCUCUAGCUCUUUGAUGCUGGUCUCCUCCCUGGCGAUGGGCCUGUAUGUUCAUUUCACAAUUGACUUAAAACACAAUUACACAACCUUCAAUAUGACGCUGAUUGGGCCUGGGCCUCACGUAGAGCCAAACUAUCUGAGUGUUAUUCCCCUUGUAUGCAUCAUGUUGUAUAUUUUAGGUAUGUGGAAGUACAGUAGUCUUCAUUAUGUCUUUUGCUUUGAAUAG